AUGCACAACGAGGCAGGCCCUUCCAGGCCUUCGACUUAUCGACAGAAUCCUCACAACGGUCCUCAUCAUCCCAACUCUUUCCGUCCUCCGAGGAGAGACGAUUAUCAACGAGAAGAUCGAUCCGUCAAUGGUCAUCCGAGAUCAGACCUCAGUCAAUCUCAUAAUCUUCCCUUUCCUAAUCCUCGGACUCGUUCUCCACCAAUUAGGUCUUCUUUCAGACCUCCCUCAUCUCUCUCACGAACACCAUCACCCAAUAGAAGAAGUUUUGAUAGAGAUAGGGAUAGAGGUCGACCAGAUUGGGGAGAAUAUAAUCGUACUUUCGCAGAAAGGGACCGUGCGUCUAGAUCUAUAAGAGAAUCUUGGUCUGUAAGAAGAGAUGAACCUAGAUCAGAACGUAUACCACAAAGAGGUUUUCGACCAUCUCAACAUACACCACCUAGAGGUCCUAGAAGUUUACAUGCACCUAGUCCACCUCCUUAUUUAGGUACGAAUAUACCAGGACCAAGAUCAUCUUUACCUAGAGAUGAAAGAAUUCCACCAUGGGAAGAGAGAUCACAAAAUCGAGAUCGACCUCGUGAUUUUAGGGAUCCCGAUCGUCCACUUUUGUUACAUCAACAUUCUGCAAAUUCUUCCCCUGAAGGGAAACCAACAAGGUAUCCGAGAUAUCGACGUGGUUCUUCGAGUCCUGCAGAUACCAAGAAACUUCCUACCAGUAAUGGUCCAGUAAAAGGGUUGGAACUUAAACUUGGGAAUGAAUCCGUCAAUCAGAAUGACUUGGAGGAAGGUGAGGUUGUAUCACCUGUGAAAGGAGAGAGGGGAAGAUGGCAUGAUGAUCGUUCACCUACCAUACCAUCUGGACCUAGAUCUGAAAGAUGGCAACCUCCAAGACGAGAUAUUCGACGAAUACAACAACCACCUUUACGGUCACCGACCACCUCUUCAACGGGAACUAGGAGAGUGGCUAGUAGUGGUGAACCAGAGAGGGAUGGAUUAUAUCGACCAUCACCACCUAGAAGACCUCGAGCCAUGUCUGCAAGACCUUCAACACCUCCUAUCACACCGACAGAUCCGUUACCUAGACUCAGACCGCAGCCUCCAGAUCAACCCUUCGUGGCGACGAAUCGAACACUAGAGUCGUCGUUGACAAAACCGCAUCAGAUUGGAAAACCUGACGACCCCGAGAGACGGCCGGUGACCCCCACUUUACCUUCCCAAUCUUCCAAACAGGUGACCCCAAGCAGAGGACUGAGCAUCCGAGUUCCGCCCAGAGAUCAUCGUCGAGCUUCCAGCGUACCUCUCUCGGCGGGAUCUAGACCUGCAACCCCGCUAUACCCUCCGCCGGAAAAUUCGACUUCACGUCCUACGACCCCUACCCACUACGUGGUGCAGUCUCAGUCACUUCCGUCGUCAAUAAUUCCUACAACGGAACCAGUGCUUCCCGCCGGUGUUCUCAAAGUUGAAAGUUCAGACGUUGCAGUGGGUGAUAUAGAACGGGAACGACACUCCGGAGAUAUGGAUCCUCCACUCGUCGAAGAGGUAGUAAAGGAGAUGUUCAUUGUGGAGAUGGCGAAUACCUCGAUCACCAACGUCAAACCCGCGGAUCAAGUCACCGUUACCGAGUUAAUAUCGCAGGCUGAACAGAUAAACGAAACGCGGCAAGAUGUCCGCAUGACUCCGCCCCGCGAACUGGAUAUCUCGUCUCUUGCACCUUCAGUGAUAGACGUACGGCAUGACAUCUUGGUGUCAGAUCUUCGUCCACUUGAUGAAUCCGUAUCUCGACCAUCGGUGACUUUUGAAACGACACCAGCAGGUGCUGAGCACCCAUCCCCAGAUCAAUCUCGUGGUUCUUCGCCCAAUGUCCAAGCCACCAUCUCUGUCACUACCACAGAAGUACUUGAUCAGGCGACUCAAAACGUCACUCUCGUCCCUCCCAGUCGCUUCCAGUCUGUCUCCCCCGCACGUAAGACAAUCGCCGAACGACGCGCAGUCAAGCUGCCCCCUACACCCACACCACUGUCUUCUCCUUUCGCUGGCCGGGUAUCGAAGGAUUCUUUCCCGACUGCUGACUCCAUACAAACCAACACUGAUGCAGGCACGGAACCUGCCACUACUGGAUUGGACGACGCGGGCAAGAUACCUCAAGAUGAGAUUAUCAACGAGCACUCAACAGGAGUCCUUGACCAGUCCUCCACUACAUCUCAUUUAUUAGCCGCUGUCGAGAAACUCCCAAGUUCCGAACCGGCGAUCGACAGUAUACUGGGUUGGAAUACAGCCGCUGCUCCUCUCGGCCCUCUUGUACGAGUGAAGGACCCGGGUGAUUGGAUUAUCCAAGAAGACCCUGUCGAUGCACCUCAACUACCAUCCGUCGUCCGUUUCUUGCUGGGUGAGGAGAUGUCUGCGACGCUUCAAUUGUCCAAGCAGACUGCGGAGUAUCUGAGGUUGUACGACAAGUGGAAGAAGAUCUGGCAGAAGUUAGAGUCUCUGAUGGAAGAGAGAGGACCUGCUCCGUCGGAUUUAUACGACUACCCUCUCCCUGAAGACGAAGAGAUUCAACCACUUGCUCCUCUCACCACUCCGCUAGCCGAAGAAGUCUCCCGAGGUAGAGGAGGUCGUGGACUUCGAGGAGAAUAUAUCAAUUCUGAAGCUCAACUGAAUGCCGUGUUGAUGAUGUCCGCUGAAGAAGUUGCGAAUGAUCCUGAAGAACGAGCUCGACAUGCGGCGGCCAUCAUUCCUGACAUGCUCUCACCCCCUCGGUAUAGGUACGACGACACCAACGAUCUGGUUGAAGAUCCUUUGGCGUUUUACGAUUUCUCCGACACACGUGCACCGGUGUGGACACAUGCGGAGCGUGAGACUUUCAGGAAGAAGUUUAUCAGUAAUUCUCAAGCUGGUAACGCGAAGAAUUUCGGAAAGAUUGCCGAAGCGAUUCCGGAUAAAACGCCAAAUGAAUGUGUGGUAUUUUACUAUUCGACGAAGAAAGAGGUCGACUAUAAACGGCUGAGAGUGGGAGGGGCAAAACGUGUGGUGGAGGCGAAGAAAUCUGCAAAGAGUUUGUUAGGAGAUAUCAAUGCUAGCAAUCAAAAAGAAAAGGCAAAAGCUUCUUCUGCUCAGACGAAGAAUGUUGGCACACCUGUCAAACGACCUGGAACACCAGCUGGAAGACCAAUGUCGAGCACGAUGGAAAUGACCCCUGUUGAUAAACCCACCACCGGAGUCACUGGGUCAGGUAUGGGAGAGAGGAAAACUCGUGCAGCUCCGAAACGUAGACGAGUGAGCCAAACACCUGAUACUCGAGUCUUGACGACUCCUGUGGAGACACCAACUGGUGAGGAACCAGGUUCACCGGCUAGGAGGUCUGGGAAGAAACGUCGUACUACCCUCAUCAAUCCUCUCCCCCAGAAUGUGGAGGUCCAAGAUGUCUCAAUAGAUGAAGGAACACUCAUCGCUUCUUCCGUGACUUCUCAAAAUACCGAGAAACCAAAGAGAACGACUACAAAUUCGUAUUGGUCCGUCGAGGAGAAGAAACGGUUAGAGGAAUUAGUCGCUAUACACGGACCAGAUUCGAGGAUUGUCGCAGCUGGUUUGACGGGUAAAUCUGAAAAACAAGUCUCAAAUUUCUUACGUGCCAUGAAUAAGAAACAAGGAAAGAUUUCUUCGUUGAACGGUCAAACUCCACCGAUGUCGACCAUUCCACUUGCUCCUACCAAACCUACAGGUCCAACAUCCGUCACACCUUUACCUCCAAUCUCCUCUCACACAUCAAUACAAGGGAUACAAAGAGAUGGAAUGAAUAAAUCGGAUCAAAGGGGAAGAUCAAUAUAUGAUAUUUAUCCUACUACUCAACCUCGUAUGGGUAUCUUUCCACGACCUCCUUCACAUCCUCUCACUCAAACAUCCAAUCCUACACAUUCAACAGUUCCCAAUGGUCAAUCCAAUAUCCCAAUUUCCACCGAAAGAACCCCUUUGAUGUCAUCAACACCGACAAUAUUGGAAUCACCAAUAAGAGCUGUUUCAAGACCUGGAGGAAUGAACAUUGCCAAUUUGUUAAAUGAUUCUCCUCCUCCUUCGAGUAAGAAGAAUGGUGAUGAUGAAUCUGAUACUACGGAUGAUGAUUUACCAGUGUUGCCUAGACCUGAUUUGAGUAGGUAUAGAAGUCAACCUUUAGGGUAUUGGGGUGGGUAUACGCAAAGUGGGCAGGGUGGAUCUACAGGAUUACCUUCAAGUGUACAAGGUGGACAAGAAGGAUUGAUCGGACAAGGAAGAGAUUAUAAUAAAUCACAAACUAUACAACAUCCUCAUCCACCUCCAUCUUGGGAAAGACAAGGAUUGGCGGGAAUUCAACAAGGAAGAUCCUCUUCUUUUCAAGGAAAUGGAGAAAGAUCUUCAAUGAACGAAUGGAGUUAUGGUAGACAAAGACCUUCGAUACAGGCUCAAUUGGAAUCUCAACUUUUACCAUAUACACGUAAUCAAUCGUCUCAACCUUCAUCUCGACCUUCACCACUUCUUGUUGCUUCUCAGUCACCUCAAUUGCCUCGUCAGUCUUUACCUUCAAUUCACACGCAACCCUUGGUCAAGCCGGUAGCCCCCGAACGACCUCAAAAUCGGUUUGAUGAGGCUAUACAAUCCCGACCUCCUCCGGAGUUGGGACGACCGUCCAUAGCACCCGCUGAGGAAACGCAGUGA